AUGGGCAUGGCCUGGAAGGUCCAGGGCACUCUGCACAGAAGCACUCUGAUAUGGACUGUAUUUAAGCUGCCCCUCUCCCUCCAUCACUGGAACUUUAUCAUGAAGUCCUCAAGUCCUGAAUUACCACUGCAUCCAGGUUCAUCAGCAGAGACUGAGCUAAGAAUAAAGAGAAUCAUGGAGAAACUAGACCAGUUGAUCCCACCCAGACCUUUCACCCACAUGAGCACCAACACCAGUGCUGCACACGGCACAGCCACCAUCCUCCAGCCUCAAGAUGCCUACUGCAGGGGGGAUCAGCUAGACAUCCUGCUGGGGGUGAGGGACCAGUUGGGUCACAGGAAGGAAUAUGGCGGGCACUUCCAGAGGGCCAGGAUGUCCUCCCCAGCCCUGAAGGCAGGUGCUUCUGGAAAGGUGACAGACUUCAACAACAGCACUUACCUUGUCAGUUUUACCCUCUUCCGGGAGGGCUGGGUCUCUCUGUCUGUCCUACUCAUCCACCCCAGUGAAGGGGUGUUGGCUCUCUGGAGGGCAAGGAACCAAGGCUAUGACAGGGUGACGUUCACGGGCCAGUUUGCCAGUGGCACCUCCCAUGUCGAUACUGAUUGUGCCCCAGUUUUAAACUCCAACACUGAGCUCUGUGAGUACCUGGGUGCUCAAGACCAAGAAGCCUCCUACGGUGUGAGACCUCAGCACGUGUCCUGUGCUGCACUCACUCACACGCAUUCCAAAAACACGGAGGUUUCUUAUCUUAGCAGACAAGAAGGGAGCCUCUUCAAAAGGGCAAAUGUGGGUGUAGAGAUUAUGGGAAACAAUGCCCUUAAUGUCUCCAAAUGCAACAGAAAAACAGUUCCAAUGAAAAAGAAAUGCAAGUUUGGAAUGGCAUCCACAAUCCCUGGGGGACAUGUUUGGAAAGAGACAUGGAAUCCAGUCUCCUGUAGUUUGGCUCCAAUCAAAAUGAAAGAAUGCCUAAGAGGAAAAUUCAUAUAUCUAAUGGCCGAUUCCACGACCCGCCAGUGGAUGGAAUAUUUCAAAAACAGUAUCGACACACUGAAGUCCAUGGAUCUGCAUGAAUCUGGAAGACUUCAACACCAACUUGCUGUGGACUUGGACAAGAAUAUCAACAUCCAGUGGCAAAAACAUGGCUACCCUCUGAUUGGACCAUUGACCUAUUCAGUGAAAGAAACUGAAUAAGCUCAAGUCAUUGACAGAACUGGAGGAGGAAAGAGCACUGUCAUUGCUAUUUCUCUGGGUCAGCAUUUCAGACCCUUCCCCAUUGAUGUUUUUAUCCAAAGGACCCUCAAUAUCUAUAAGGCUGUUCAACGUCUUCUUCUGAAGCCAGACACUAUGGUUAUUAUCAAGGCAGAAAACAUCAGGGAGAUGCACGGUGAUGUGGAAAGAUUCAGUGACUUUCAUGGUUAUGUCCAGUAUCUUGCCAUUAAGGAUAUAUUUCAAGAUCUCAAUGUGGGCAUCAUCGAUGCCUGGGAUACAACAAUUGCACGUGGCACAAAUAAUGUCCACCCACCGCAAUCUGUAGUGAGAAAUCAAGUUAGUAUAUUGUUAAACUAUAUUUGCCAGAUGACCCCUCUGAAAUCCAUUCACUUAAUUAAAUCUGCUAUCGUGUCAGUUCCUGUGUUUGGCUCUGAACUCCCAAUUAGCAUGAGAUAA